AUGAACUCCAGCCAGCCGGGGACCUGUCCAUGCCAGCAUGCUGCAGGGCGCCCAGCCAUUCUGUAUGCACUUUUGAGCCCCAGCCUCGGGGCCAGGCCUGCUGUGCCCCCAGCCCGUAGGCAUUGCCUCUGCAAGCAGCACCGACCUGUCCAGCUGUGUGCUCCUCAUCGCACCUGCCGGGAGGCCUUGGACGUUCUGGCCAAGACAGUGGUCUUCCUCAGGAACCUGCCAUCCUUCUGCCAGCUGCCCUCCCAGGAUCAGCAGCAGCUGUUGCGGGACUGCUGGAGCUCCCUCUUCCUGAUUGGGUUGGCCCAAGACACUGUGACCUUCGAGGUGGUAGAGGCCCCGGUUCCCAGCAUACUCAAGAAGAUCUUGCUGGAGGAGCCCAGCAGCAGUGCAGGCAGUGGCCAGCAGCCGGAUCUGCCUCGGCCCUCACUGGCUGCGGUGCAGUGGCUUCAGUGCUGCCUGGAGUCCUUCUGGAGCCUGGAGCUGAGCCCUAAGGAGUAUGCCUACCUGAAAGGGACCAUCCUCUUCAACCCUGACAUGCCAGGCCUCCAUGCCUCCUCCCACAUCUGGCAUCUGCAGCAGGAGGCUCAUCGAGCACUAUGUGAGGUCCUGGAGCCCUGGUGUCCAGCAGGCCAAGGCCGUUUGGCCCGUGUCCUCCUCAUGGCCUCCACCCUCAAGUCCAUUCCACCCAGCUUGCUUGGGGACCUCUUCUUUCGCCCUAUCAUUGGAGAUGUUGACAUCGCUGGACUCCUCGAAGACAUGCUUUUGCUGAGCCGACCUGCUCCAGCCCAAGCAGAGAUCAGCUGUAGCCUGGGCAGAAGCUGGCUGCAAUGAUUUGGCCAGGUUGUC